AUGCCGUCAAGUAGUAUGAGCGGCGACGAGAAUAACUCCACUGCUGGCGGUAGUUCGCGCAAGCAUAGCGGCUCAGCACUUUACAUGGGCCCGCGCAAAAAGGCAACCUCCUCGAAUCCCCUUGUUCUUCAUGGGCGACAUUUUGGCCGGACGGUAUUUGCAUUAUGUAACUAUCCUGCUCUUUUGACUUCUGGCAUACUUCGACUCCAAGAAUUGCAAGACUCCCCGAUAGAGGAUUACCCGGCGGAGGUAUUUAUGGAACUGAUAGACUCAUACCCUGGUCUUCUAGAACGCCUGACAAAUGGUGACGAGGAGGAUGUCAUUCACAUAGGAGAACUGACUCUCAAAUCCGCUGUCCUCGAAUGGCUUGUACCCAGAGGACAGGCGGUGAUACCGCCCCUCUCGUGCAACAUAAAGUCUGACCGCGGGUUCAAUCAUGAAGUCACUGGCGCAUUGCUCUGCCCUGCAGGUCUUGACUGGUCCAACGCAGAGACCAAACAAAGUCUUAAAAGCGGUGAAACGGCAGUGCGCGGUGACCAAUGGCCCAUGUUUUUAUAUGCAGGGUACGUCUAUGAUCCAGAAGAUCCGUGGAGGGGUUUACUGAGGAGCGACUUACUUAUCUUCGGUUUCAAACACGUAUUCACGUCUCCAAGCUCCGUAGACAAGGAGCCAAAAGCUACGCGCUCCAGUAAUGCAUAUCUCCAUGGCAUGAAAUCUGUAACUAAAGGGUCCUUGGCGUAUAUUGCUACACAGGUUCGGUUUUCUCUGAGUUCAUCUUCAGUGUUUUCACAUACCGACACUGUCACGGACUCUGAGAAUUUUUACCAUACUAUCCUUGACCUCUUGGACGAUCCUGAUGAAAUCCAGGAAGUAACUGACCUGAUGACGUGGUGGACUCGUCAGGUUUUUCCAAAUUCUUCCUGCUCGCAGCGAAGUAUCAGCCAAAACAGCGCAUUAUCCAAAAUUCAGGAAAAACGGGCUGCCCUGCGAGAACGAAACACUGCUUGUGCUAAUUAG